ACAAUCGGCUUUUCAUCGCCAUGGCAACGUGACGGUAUGUGUGUACAGAAAUGCGGAGUAGCGGAGGAGAGGAAUCAAGUAUCAACACCAGGCCUAUAGCAUAGUUUUCGCAGUAUGGGGUGAAUUCGCCCUUUUCGUUUCCCUGAUCUGACUGUUUUUCGACGCACGAUUUGAUUUUCAUGUUAAGAUCAUUAUUUUGAUUUCAUAACAGUCGUAGUAAGGAGAAUUACUUCAACUGACUGCAGGAAGGAAUAAAGCAUUUCCACGACCAUAUACCAGGGAAAAUUGUGUGUGAGAUCCCCGAUACUCUGCAUGCUAAUUCGCGUUGGGAUCGUUUUGUAUUCUUACUGGAAAUAUAUAUAUGAGCGCAUUCUCAUACAGUAGGUUUGUGAAUGAGAAUGACAUGGUGGUUCUCUCAUAUUGGAUUGACUGAUAUAAACUGACUUCAAGUUACAGUGUUUAAUACAAUCUGCAAGUAGCUAUAGAUACAAAAUGUGGACAGCCAUUAUCACCACGCUUCUUGGAUUUCUCAUAGCGAUUCAGAGCGUAGACGCAUUAUCAUGCUCUUAUAGCACUUACGGAUUUUAUCAAUAUUACAGAUGUUCAAGCGAUCAAUACUGUUGUGGAACACGCAGCUGUUGUUAUUACUCACGUGGCGCACAUUUUUAUAGCCUCUGGUAUUUCUGGUUCGGUAUCAUCCUGUUCAUCCUCAUCUGUUCAGGAGCUAGCGGGGCGUAUUACAGAAAACGACAACGCAUAGUCGUUCGAACACACCCCGCCCCGGUAGUACAACACCCCAACGCAGUACACCAGACCAUGGUCGUUUCAGCGACAGCAUCAUCGGGAUAUUCCGGCUAUCCAAACCCACCACCUACGUACAACCAGGUGAUUGCUACCACUGGUCCAAAUAUGGGUGUAACAUCGUACCCCGUGGGGUACAAUUCAGCUCCUCAAGGGGCGACGGUUCAUCAUUAUUAAUGCUGUAUCUUUGAGGUGUCUAGAUACUUUUCCUACUCAUUCCUUUACUUCAUCUUCCCCCUUCUUGUUCUUCCUCUUCUCUCUCCCUUUUUUCUUUUCAUCCUCCUUUUACAUCUAGUCUUUGAUCUUUUUCUUCCUCCUCACUUUUAAUUCUUCAUUUUCUUCUUCAUCAUUAUGACAAAGGAAGAUAUCUACCAAUUGUUUUGACAGUUUGCUUCUGAUUUUAUUAUUAUUAUUAUUUGGGGGGUUUCGUUUGUUGGCUGUUAAACACAUUCUAAAUAGUUUUUAUUCUACAUAAGACUCAAUAGUACUCUACGAUAUUGGUGACAUGAGACCCCUCCUUGGUAUCGUUUCUCUUGCCUAAUCUUGAAACCAGAUUCAUGCUUUUUUUUUUGAGAUAUUUACUUUUGUUAUUUAACAAAGCAAUCAAGUGUCGUUCAGUUAAGAGAACUCCCCAAUGUCUGAUUUUAACUUUUUCUACACAAUGAAUUCAAAACUUAAAUAAUGUUGAUAUAUAUUCUGAUACCUUAUCUUGAAGUACAUUCAUAGAUAGAUUAUUAUCAAGUUAAUAGCUGAGAGAGAUAACGCAGUAGUGGAGGUGAUAUGGUGUGGUCGGUCAAAUACCUUUUAUUGUAGUACCCUGUGAUGUGGUUCAAACUGGUACCUUCUUGACAUGCUUGAUGUGUACAUGCAUUACUACUGCAAGGGAGAAAGUCUGUGCAUGUACAGUAUAUGGGAGACAUUGAGCUUCUAUGUUAUCUAUACAUCAGAAAUAUCUCUGUAUCAAAAUAUCUUAUUGGUAUUUUUCAAGAACAAGCAAGAACAUAUCUGACAAUCAUAAAAUUGUACAUAAUUUUUAUUUUAACAAUGAAUGAUUUGAAUGCUAUACGUGGUGAAUUGGAAUAGUUGUUAGUUAUUGAUCUAUACACAUCAAAAGAGCAGCUCUUGGGGUGUAGUGAAUUGCAAAGAUUCAUUAGCAUUUCAUUGGACCUAGAGAGGUAAAUUUUUAUAGGGUGAACGAUUUUGAUAUAUCUCUGAUACCACAUUUCUGGGUUUAUAUUGUGUUGACUGUAGUAACUGCAGACUUUUUUCCAAGGAACUUUGUGUAUAUUUAUCGAAUGUAAUAAACUCAGUGUGUGCAAAAUCGUUUCAUACAAUCAUUGCAGCUUAGAAAUGUACAACUCGUUUCAUAUUCACAUAUCUUCUUUUUUAGUUGUUUUCUUUAUACCAAGGGCUUUCGAGUGCAAUCUCUGUAAAUAUUGUAUUUCUUGAAUAAAGACAAUGUAUUCUUUCUGUAA